AGGAUUUGUUUGGUGUAGUAUUAUUUAAUUUUUUUUAUCACUUUGUACAUGUUUUUAACUUUUUGUUCAAGUUGUGUUUUUUAUAUGGGAUACUGAUUCAAAGUCGAUUAUUUUUUUGGGAAUUGGAUGUAUUUCUUGUGAAAGUUAGCUAUGUAGCAUCAUAGCUUACAUUCAUAAUCAGUUCUUCAUCUAGGGGAGUUCAAGAACUAUCCCUUUUUAACUACUGUUGAGGAUGGUCUCUCUUUUCUCUCAAAGGGGGGUGCAGUGGCAAGUUCCUACUGUUGAGGAGUUAAAAGGGUGGAUAUUCAAAGAUGUGAUGAAAGAAAUGAAGGAACGCUUGAAUGAGGUUAGAAGGUCGUGGGCUGAAACUGGUUGCAGCAUCUUGCUGGAUGGAUGGACGGAUGCUAAUGGCCGGACUUUAGUGAAUGUUUUGGUGGAUUGCCCAAAAAGUACUGUGUAUCUUUUCUUGGCUGACAUAACUGACUGUGUUGGGAACAUGGAUGCUAUGCAGAUCUUCUUGGUGAAGGUCCUGGCGGAGGUUGGAAUCCCGAACGUUGUACAGAUCAUCACAUACUCGAGCUCGGACUUCAUGAAGGAGGCUGGUAGGCAGCUCAUGGAGAGAUACCGGCCAGUCUUUUGGACAGUGAGUGCUUCCCACUGCAUUGAGCUUAUGUUGGAGAAAUUGUGCAGGGUGGAUCUCAUCAACAAGACGUUGGAGAAGGCGAAGAUCAUCACAAGAUUUGUCCACAGCCACUCAAUUGCUCUCAAGUAUCUGCAAGACCAGACGAAAGGGAGCGGCCUGAUUGAUACUUCGAUGAUAAGGUCGAUAAGGCCCUUCCUAAUCCUCGAGAAUAUAGAGAAAAAGAAGGAGACUUUGAACACAAUGUUCUCCCCCUCUCAUUCUCAAAGCUCGAUUUUGAUAUCAACCAUGGAGGGGCGAAGAGCGGCUGAGUUGGUGGGGGAUCAUUCAUUCUGGAAUGAGGCCUCAACUAUUCUCAAAGGCACCAUGCCUCUAGUCCGCGUGAUAGAAUGGAUGAACAAGAGUGGCAAGGAUCACAUGGGGCUUAUAUACGAGACAAUUGAUCAGGCCAAGGAAACCAUUAAGGACUGCUUCAAGAAUAAGUCUGCCUACUCGCUGUUCUGGAAGACAAUUGAUUAUGUUUGGAAUGAGUCCCUCUACAGCCCUGUCCACUCCGCUGGCUACUACUUGAACCCGAAUCUUUUAUACUCGAGCAACGGGCUUAUCGACCCUGAAUUGUUCGUGCGACAGCUGCAUUGUUCGUGCGACAGCUGACAUUCGUGUGCAGGAUCGGAUUACUGCCCAGAUGGAGCAUUACAGUCACAGAGUUGCCAAAGGUGCCAUGGCUGCCGGAGUCCCUGAAGAGCAAAGAUCGAACGUUUCUUCUGCACUUUGGUGGUUGAGAUAUGGUGGGGAAUUCCCGGAGUUGCAGAGGCUGGCAGUUCGAGUUCUGAGCUAAACAUGCGAUGGAGCAUCCUAGUUUCAGCUCAGUAGAAGCUUAGCCGAGACACUUCUCUUCAAGGGAAGGAAUUUAGAUGAGCAGAAGUGGCUGAGGGAUAUGGUUUUCCUAAGGUACACCAUGCAGCUACAGAAUUUUGUACCUGGAAACGUUGUUUCCAACGAGCCUGGACUAGUCGAUGACUGGCUCGCGGAUAGGAACAACGUUCCUUGAAACGGGGAUGCCUCGAGGGUGGAGAUCAGCAGUGGAGAUGGACCUUCCGGUCUUGACGUGACAAGAUUCCUCAACCAACAGAAAAUGUUCUGCACCAAAAAUGGAUAGUAAAAAGAUUCAGAAGGAAAGGGUUUGAGUUUCCCAUUUCAUGAAACAAGAAAAAUUGAUGAAUCUAGAAGAAUGUGGCUCCCGAAUGGAAAGGCGAGUACUCGGGGAAAAAAAGGUGGUAGAAAUGGGCUGGUUGCUGUAGCCAUAGACAAGGGCAAAUCAAGCAUGUAUGCCAUGAGAUGGGCUGCCGAUAACCUGGUCACGAAAGGCCAGACCAUCAUCCUCAUCCACGUCCUUCAGAAGUCCUCUGCUAAUUCAUGUUCCAACUAUGCCCUUAAUGGCCUCAAUGGUAGUGGCAACGAUAUCGUUCUUGACAAACCAACUAAAGAUCUCUUCCUCACCUUCCAUUGCUUAUGCACUCGCAAAGAUAUACCAUGUUUUGACGUGGUGCUGGAGGACAUGGACAUUGGCAAGGCCAUAACCGAAUACACUGCGCACGCUGCAAUCGAGAAUCUAGUUCUCGGAGCAUCUCGCCAUGGCUUCAUUAGAAGAUUGAAGACAGUAGAUGUUCCCACAAGUGUGUCCAGAGCAUCGCCAGAGUUCUGCACAAUUUACGUCAUCUCGAAGUCCAAGAUCUCGUCCGUCCGAAACGCUUCCCGCGAGGCGCCCUUCGCCUCCCCGCUCUUGCCGCAGCUGCGCCAAUUACAGGAGCAAAACUGCUCUACCAUCAAUCCCGCUGCAUCCACGGAGGCCCGAGCCACUCCCCGACACCUACCUAGCAGAGGUCCGGACAGGACGCCACCCAGGCUCAUUGCUGUUGCUGAUGAAACUGACAUGCCGAGCAAGCCACUGAUUUUGGCACGAGGCCACAAUCCGAACAUGUUCAUGGAUCUCUCCGACAGCGACUCGGAUAUAUCCUUCAUUAGUUCAGACAGGGGGAGCACAGACAGCAGAUUCAUGGAUCCUUUGCUCUGCGACGGCAUGGAUCCGAGCCGGGGCUCUCGAAUGUCAGUUUGCUCCGAGAGAAGCUUCCAAUCGACAUGCUCCGGGCUAAGAUUUAACGAUAUGAGUUCUAUCAGCGAAUAUUCGACAGGAUCAAUGGAAAAUGAUGAGGUGGAGGCUGAAAUGAGAAGGCUAAAGCUAGAGUUGCAGAAAACAAUGGAUAUGUACAGCACAGCUUGCAAGGAGGCUUUAACAGCCAAGCAAAAGGCGGUGGAGCUACACCGGUGGAGAGAGGACGAAGAAAAGAGACUCGAGGAGGCAGCACGAGUGACAGUGGAGCAAGAAAAAGGCCGAUACACACCAGCUAUGGAGGAUUUCCAAACAGGCCAGCCUCUGAGAUACAGAAAAUAUUCCAUCGAGGAGAUUGAGCUGGCCACGGACUGCUUCCAUGAGUCGCGCAAGAUCGGAGAAGGUGGAUACGGCCCCGUCUACAAGUGCUCCCUUGACCACACACCGGUCGCAGUCAAAGUCCUGCGACCGGAUGCGGCUCAAGGAAGAUCACAGUUUCAACAAGAGGUUGAAGUGUUGAGCUGUUUAAGACAUCCCAAUAUGGUACUACUCCUCGGAGCCUGCCCCGAGUAUGGCUCCCUGGUGUACGAGUACAUGGCUAACGGAAGCCUAGAAGACCGUCUCUUCCGGAAGGGGAACACCCGGCCUCUGUCAUGGCAGCUCCGUUACAGGAUCGCUGCAGAGAUUGCAACGGGGCUGCAUUUCCUCCACCAGACAAAGCCGGAGCCGUUGGUCCACCGCGACCUCAAGCCUGGCAACAUCCUGCUAGACCAGAACUACGUCAGCAAGAUCGCCGACGUAGGUCUGGCAAGACUGGUCCCACCAUCCGUAGCGGAUGAUGUGACACAGUACAGGAUGACCUCGACAGCAGGGACGUUCUGCUACAUCGACCCGGAGUACCAGCAGACGGGCAUGCUGGGCACGAAAUCCGACGUGUACUCGUUGGGAGUUGUGCUGCUGCAGAUCAUCACGGCCAAGCCUCCCAUGGGGCUGACGCACCAUAUUGGGAAUGCGAUUGAGAAGGGGACGUUGUUGCAGAUGCUGGAUCCGACGGUCUCUGAUUGGCCAAUGGAGGAGACGUUGAGCUUUGCAAAGCUGGCCAUACAAUGCACAGAGCUCAGGCGCAAGGACCGGCCGGAUCUUAGUAAAGUCAUUGUGCCUGAGCUGAACAAGCUGAGAGAGCUUGGUGAAGAGAAUAUGGGCAGUUUUUUAAUAGGCGGGAGUGCAGCCUCGACUCCUAACCAUAGCUUCGCGUCAAGCAGCUCGAACUCGAAAUCCUCGAGUUUCAAGAGCGAUCCCAAUGUGCAAUCCGUGUAUAGCGGCGCAGGAGAUUGCCCAGGUUCAGCAUCAAUGCCAGGACAUGUAUGAUGUAUCAUUGCAACAAGUCUGCCUCCAUAUUAGAUUCAUGACUCCUGUAUUAGGAAUGUAACUAAAAAGGAAUACGACUCAACUGAAUGAGACUACUAGAAUUAGUAUUAAUUCAAUCGAUUUAUUUUCUAAUAAAAAUAAGGCCGAGUAAUAUUGCAUAA